AUGGCGUCCUCAGUAUCCGACCACACCGAGGUCCCCGAGGGGGUAAUCGAAGUCUCCAAACAACCCCUAAAACACUCUAUCUUCCGCUCCGUACCCUUCCAAAUCGCCGUCGCCUGCGGAGUAUCUUUUACCGCACCCGGUAUGUGGGAUGCGCUCGGCGGCCUAGGCGCCGGUGGUGCCGCCGAACCGUACGCCGUAUCCGCAGCCAACGCGCUAGUCUACGGACUCUUCGCCAUCGUAUGCGUAGCCGCGGGCGCGAUUAACAACCGCAUCGGUCUACGCUACGGUCUUGCGUUGGGCGCUAUCGGAUACCCGCUCUACGGCGCGGGAUUAUAUACGAAUAACGUUAAUGCUACGACUUGGUUCAUGUUGUUCGGUAGCGCGCUGUGCGGUAUCUCGGCGGGUUUCUUUUGGGCUGCGGAGGCGGCUAUUAUUAUCGGAUACCCGAGUCCCAAGGACCGCGCUUUUUACCUUGCGAUCUGGCAGUCGGCGAAGGCGGCGGGCCCGAUUGUGGGUGGUGCUAUUAAUUUGGGACUUAAUGCGCAGAAGUCGAGUGCUGGGUCUGUUGGUUCGGCUACGUAUAUCGUGUUUAUUGCGAUUAUGUGUCUGGGGCUGCCUGUUGCGCUGUGCUUGAGUCCUGCGAGUAAAGUCUGGCGACGGGAUGGCACGAGGGUCGUUGUGCGGAAGGAAGCGACUUGGCGUGCUGAGUUCCAGGCUGUGGGUCGAUUGAUCGCUUCGCGACGGGUGUUGCUCUUGCUCCCGGCUUUCUUCAUCAGUUACUUCUACAACGGCUUCGUGAGCACUUGGUUGACGAAGUACUUCACGGUCCGAUCGCGCGCUUUCUCGUCGUUUUUCACCAACUUCGCUGGUAUCUUCAGCUCCUUCCUCGUCGCUGCGCUGCUCGAUCGUCAGAAAAUCCACAUCCGAACACGUGGGCGCAUCGCUUUCAUCUCAAUCGUUGUUAUACUGAUCGGUACCUGGAUCUGGGCUGUAAUCCUGCAGAAGCGAUUCUACGAUGAGUCGCCUGCCCCGGUGUUCGAUUGGUUUACCGGCGGGUUUGGAUCGGCGUAUGCGUUGGUUUUCUUCUGGACGUUCGCUGGCCAGGCUUUCCAGCAAUUCCUCUACUGGCUCGUUGGUCAAUAUGCGACGGACCUAUCUUCGCUGUCGCAUCACACAGGUAUUCUGCGUGGUGUUGAAGCGCUCGGACAGACUGUUGCUUGGGCAAUGCAAUCUGAGGGCAAUGCCAACCAUUUCGUCAGCAUUGGUCUCAAUUUCGGCAUCACUGUGCUCUGCGUCCCCUUCACCUGGAUUGUGCUUUCUGAGCUAGAUCACAGCCACGAGAUCAAGGUAACGGAGGAGCAAGUCAUUGCCGAAAGCGUGCAGAAUAAGCAAAACGGUGUUGAUGAGUCGGUCUGA